CUUCCAUAUCUGCAGAGUACAAGGACUUAAACAUCUGAAGGACGCCACAUACUCACCUUGAACACAUUCCAGCCAUUUUAGCCAAAAAUGAAGCCCCUCAUGCUGCUGUUUUGGAUUUUCGUUGUGUCUGGACACACUUUUGUGCUUCAGCCGAGUGUAAAUGUGACAGUCAUGCAGAAUGUAUCUGCAGAAGGUGAUCUUUGGGCAGAGCAGAGAUUUGAUCGUUUGAUGGAGGCUCUCAACACUGAAGAGGAGAAAAGAAGUGAGGAAGAGGUCACAAUGCAAGAGGCGGAAGAAGAAACGGACACAGUUGAAGAACAUGGUAUGAGGAUAACAAAAAGGGUGGAACAAACAAGAGAAACUGAUGUAAAAAGCAAAGUAGUAGCAGAAAACGAGGAGCAGCAAGGACAGAAUCUGGAUGAACACGACAUGUCAGAGGUAAUCUUAACCAAACCCAUCCUUACUGCACAGAAUACCAGCCAUUCACAAGAAAUUGAGGGUGAGGAACAUCUACCUCCAACUGACAAUCAGAAUGCCACUCCUCCUACCAUGGCCACUGCCUCCCAACCUGUCCUGAACUUGCUUACAAAAUCAGUUACUGUACCUUCCUCAUUCCCCUUCACUUCACAAGGACCAGCAGCAACUACUGAAACCUUGUCUAUCAUAACCACAAAACUUCAUAUUGGGAAUUCAACUGCUGAGGCGACCGGAGCCACCUUACUAGUAAAUGAAAGCAGCACGAAUGAUGAUCUCAGAGUGGAGCUCCAUGUGAUGAACAGCUCUAAACUCCACCCAUUGGAGGAAGUGAGUGUUAAAGUCACAGCAAUGGCAGCAAGGGCAGGACCCACUGCAAAGGCUCCUCUUAGUACUUUUAUGGUCAAAUCAAAAAACAAACCUAAAGACAAUAUGACACUGAAAGCAAAGAAAAAAAAGGUCCUCAAAGUAAAGGCGAAGAAGACCAAAGUUACGAAAAAAGCAAAGAAAGUGAAAAAGUUAAAACGAGAGAGAAAAUUGAAACCAACAACACCUUCGUAUUUUCCCUAUUUUGAAGAUCACUACUGUCCCUCAGAAUGUUCCUGCUAUGGGAGGGUUGUGCAGUGUUCCGACAAACAUCUGGACAAAAUACCUUACGGAAUUCCUUACAACUCCCGUUACAUUCUCUUAAUGAACAACCACAUAGAUAGCAUUCAAUUGAAGUUGCUCUCCGAGUAUGACUCCAUGGAGUUCCUGGUGUUAAGCAACAACCAUUUAACAGACGAGACGAUCGAGGGUUCCUUUAAAGGGAUCAAGAGCCUUAAGAGACUAUACGUAGAGCGGAACCUUCUCCGAAGUAUCCCAAAUGACCUGCCCGUUACUCUAGAGGAGCUACGGCUGGAUGGGAACCAGGUAAAUGUGAUGUCCGACGCAGCCUUCGGACGCUGCCCAAACCUGCUGAUCCUCAGCCUGAGCAACAACAGCCUGGGGAACAAAUCAUCCACUAUCCCUCCAGGAGUUCUUCUACCCUUGGGCAAACUUCGGACGCUUACACUUUCCUACAAUCAGCUUGCCUCUGUUCCCCUGCAGCUUCCCCUCAGUCUUCGAGAACUCUAUCUCAGAGGCAACUGCAUUCAACGCCUCCAAGGCGACAUGUUCUGGGGUGAGGCGGAGCUGCAGGUUCUGGAUCUAAGUGUGAAUAGAUUGACCGAUAAAGGUCUUGGGAAGGCAGCACUACUGAAUGCCAGUCACCUUGAGAGUUUAAAUCUAGAGGGCAACUUACUGAAGCAAGUUCCUCUCCAUCUACCCCGCAGCAUAAAGACCCUUAACUUGGAGGGAAACUUCAUCUCUAACAUUGGCAAGGAUGCUUUUAUCUCAAUGCCUCAGUUGGAGCACCUAGGCCUAGCAAGAAACAAGAUCACUAAAGUGGCCCUUGGUGCCUUCCGGGUUCUUCCACUUCUGCAUCAGCUAGACAUGAGUCACAACGCCUUACAACAGGUACCAAGGCAGCUCCCUUUAUGGCUCCACUCUGCAACAUUUUCACACAACAAGAUCCGUGUAAUUCCACGUGAUGCUUUCUGUUGGGGUCGAGGCAAUGAGUCUCCUCUCAGCCGCCUAGUCAGGGUUCACCUGGAAUAUAACUUGAUAGAUCUGGGCCACCUGGACACAUUGGCCUUCCGUUGCCUCAGGGGCUUUCAGGUGGUGCAAUUUUACUAA